GAGUUUGAAAAUAUCUCCUGUUCACGUAUCAUAGGUAACCCUGUGUUUCUGUGUAGUUGUAGUUUACUGGUAGCAAGUGAAGGCAGCAACCAGUGCCUCCCUAUUGUGAAUCUGGAGACCUCUCUGGACUCAACAAUUAAAGGCUGCAUAAUGCAUUCCACUACAAGUGACGAAACCCAGUUCCCAGAAUAACAAGCAAGACGACUUUUAAAGUGACUGUUGUUGAUCAGUAUAUUCUGUGCAUUUGUCUGGUAAGCUUGUGGUGGAUUUUUCAAAGGGAUGGUAUAAAUUAUUUUGAAUUAUUCUCAAGGAGGACUGACUCUUCCUGAAGGUGAUUCAGAUGCCAUAGUAUCAACCGGGUGGCUGCGUAUGUUCCUCAAGUCUGUAUGACUCUACCGAGACACUGUGAAGUUGUACUUCUGAUUAAGUACAGGGAGAAAAUGCUGAAACUAGUGGCCACAGAUGUCUUUAAUUCCAAAAACCUGGCCGUUCAGGCACAAAAGAAAAUCUUGGGUAAAAUGGCAUCCAAAUCCAUUGCUACCACCUUAAUUGAUGACACGAGCAGCGAGGUGCUGGAUGAGCUCUACAGAGUGACCAAGGAGUACACCCAAAACAAGAAGGAGGCAGAGAAAAUCAUCAAAAACCUCAUCAAAACGGUCAUCAAGCUUGCCAUUCUUUACCGGAAUAAUCAGUUUAACCAAGAUGAGCUAGCACUGAUGGAGAAAUUUAAGAAGAAAGUUCAUCAACUUGCUAUGACGGUGGUCAGUUUCCAUCAGGUGGAUUACACCUUUGACCGGAAUGUGUUAUCCAGGCUGUUGAAUGAAUGCAGAGAGAUGCUUCACCAAAUCAUUCAACGUCACCUCACCGCCAAAUCGCAUGGACGGGUUAAUAAUGUCUUUGAUCAUUUUUCAGAUUGUGAAUUUUUGGCUGCCUUGUAUAAUCCCUUUGGAAAUUUUAAACCCCACUUACAAAAACUUUGUGAUGGUAUCAACAAAAUGUUGGAUGAAGGGAACAUAUGAGCAUGUGAAUUAAGAUUGUGACUGAUCAUGAUUUAUUUGAAGACAGAGCACUGCUGAUUUAUGAAGGAAAAAUGAUUUUUUAAGAAAUAAUUACACAUAUUUCAGAAAGACUUUGCCUGAUUCAUUUGUCAGACAUUAAUGAUAGUGCUUUUAUGAGGCUUGUUUUAUUUGAAGAAAAACAUGUUGCCGAAAAUUCUGGUUAAAGGUUUCCUAAAGGGGUGACAGAUUAUGGGAAAGAUAUAUGGUUGGGUAAUUCAAGUGGAGAGUCAUACAAAGGAAAAUACACACGGCCCCAAAUCUUUAGACCUUUUUUUAGAGCAGUUGUGUUGGCAGCACAUUGGAUAUUUUUAACGUGUACAAAGCUAUGUUUUUUGGUUCACUUUUAUUCCUUACUGUGUAUAUGUAGCUCUUUUAAAAAGCCAGGAACUUUCUCUUGCUGUCAUUUCUCCUUUUGAGACAAUUCCAUUUUUAAGUCUACCUUGAUUUCUUUUGUUAAAGAUUGGGUCAUUGACAUUCAAGAAUUAAGCCUGAGGCAGUCAACUUGAACCCUCAGAAAAAUAGAAAACUGCUUAUCUGAAAUCAGUACUGUGGAAAUGAACUAUAUUAGACAUUACGAAUAAUGUCAAUAUAAGAUUAUGCUUCUGGAGUUGAGUCCUGCUUUUUUAGUAUCAAUGGUGAUACUUAAAUUUCCAAAAAUGUAAUGACAUGUCAUUGCCUUCUUGAUUAGGGCUUCACUUUCAUGUUAUCUUGAAAAUGUGCUUUUGAAAUCUCCAUUUCACAUGGGAGAGUCAAAGAGAACAUCUAGAUUGGUUUUAAUAUCUGGACAAUGAAAAGUAAGCAGCAUUAAGAAAGAUAAAACAAUCUUCAUUUUAGAGAUGAACCCAGCAAAAUAAUUUAGGGGGAUGAGGGGCAAAAGUUAACAUGAGCAUGAAAAUAAAUGCAUUUCAAUGUUUAAGAAGGUUUGAUAAAUAAAGAAUGUCACUUUUUUAUUUAACUGAUAAGGUUUUUGUUAUUUGCUGUUUUGAGUAAACCAAAGAAUAUUUGCAUUA